GGCAAAGAAGUUCGGCAGCCUAUAAAAAGGCGAGCGCGGCUCUCUUCCUGUCAUACUCCGCUUGGGAAUUCUAGAGCUAACUGGAGAAGACCUGCGAUUUUUGUAGGGGCGUCUCUUUAACCUCCGAGCGAGCCUUGUGUGGAUAAAUCGUCGUGUUUUGCUGUCUUUGCUUCCUGCCCGUUUGGACCAUUAUGACUCUGGAGGAAACUCACGGACAGGAGCCGAUGCCUGAGACUAGCGCCAGCAGCGCUAGCAGCGCCACGAGCGGCAGCAGAAUGCAGAGCGCCGGCAAAGCCCUCCAGGAGUUGCUGGUCUCCUCGCAGCGCCGGGGCUGCCUGACGGCGGGCGUCUACGAGUCGGCCAAGCUGAUGAAUGUCGAUCCUGACACUGUGGCCUUCUGUCUGCUGGCAGCAGAUGAGGAGGACGAGGGGGACAUUGCCCUCCAGAUCCACUUCACCCUCAUCCAGGCUUUCUGCUGCGAAAACGAUAUUGACAUUGUGAGAGUGAGUGAUGUCCAAAAGCUGGCCAGCGUUGUGGGGGCCAGCGAGGACGCUGGGGAGCCGCGAGACCUCCACUGCAUCCUCAUCACGAAUCCUAAUGAGGAUGCCUGGAAAGAUCCAGCCUUGGAAAAGCUAAAUUUGUUUUGUGAGGAGAGUCGGAAUGUCAAUGACUGGGUGCCCAAUAUCACCCUACCUGAGUGAUGAAAAUCCAGUGCAUGGGAGAGGUUGAAGCCUUUUUGCAUUCUCAUCGUGGAGUUGCACACCCGGGAAACCCGGCCAGUGGCUGAUUCUGUGGAUUAGCCAAGUCAACAGCUUGGAUUAAGUCGCUGGAACAACACGUGGUGUGUUCUUGUGGAGAAAGGAGAGAAGCAAAGGAGACAAGGGGGAAUGGCUCAUGCCAACAGAGAAUCCUUACUAUGCUGCAGUGCUGGAAAAGCUCAUGGAGUUGGAAGAACUGCAAGUUGUUAAGUGCAGAAGGAAAAAAACCCCUGUAGGUUUCCAGGUCAGGUGGAAUGUUGUGUUAGAAAGCAGGGAAGAAAAAUUGGAAACUGGACACAGGUGGCAUGGGAAGGUAUGGACACAAUAUUGUAAUUAAGAACUGCUCCUGGGGGUGUCCAGAGCCCCACAACAAGAGAGACUGGAACUGUAGUACUCUUUGGUACUUUUACAGAGACUUUGAUGCUGAUCAAUGUACUGAAGAACUUGUGGACUAUGUUCUGCAUUGAUAACUAAUUUUGCAAUAAUCUUUUAAAAACUGAAUUCAUGCUGCUAUGGAGGAUCUUCUGCAUUUUGUAAUAAACGUAUUGAAAACUAA